ACCCCGUGAUUGCUAAAUAGACUGAUCUCAUACAGGUGUGCAUUAAAGUUGUCAAAGUCUGUCAACUUGCAUUUCGUCAUAAAUUUUUUAUUAAAUCGUUGUUCUUUAAAGGAAACAAAAACUCGUGUGGAAUGAAGUUUUGGCUUACAUUAGGCCUUUUGUUGGCCUUAAUAUGUGUCUCAAGUGGAAGAAAAUACAAGCAUGGGCACAAAGAGGAAAGAAGUUUUCACGUUGACAAGAAACACAUGAGUAACACUCAUGUCGUAGAAGGUCCGGUUAAUAAUGGUAGGGGAAAACACAACAAACAUGGUCGGGGAAUGGGGAAAGAAAUUUCUAUGACAGAGGGUGGAAUUCAUUCGCUUCAUGAUGAACAGUGGCUGGAGCUUCCCAAGGAUUUACCAGUUUGCAAAAUACUUAAGUGUGAGGAGAAAGAAUUCUGCCUAUCCAAUCCAAAGACUGGUGUGGAAAAAUGCAUCAACAAGCACUCCUUUGUGGAAGGACGCAAGCUGUUCAAGGAUUACCAUGCUGAGAAGCAAUUCCUUCAGAAAGACACAAAGGAGAAUCUGAAUGAAAGGCAAGAGGCAAACCACCACCAGCAGCACAAGGGCAAGAACAACCACUCGAAGCAUGGAAAGAGGAACCGCUUCUCUAGGAAACAUGUGAAGCUUACAGAGCAUAAUCUGAAGGAGGUGCCGUUGAGCAAGGAGGACAAGACGUUGGAUCAGGCCGAGCACAUGAAGGAGGUACAUGACCUCAUGAAGGAUUACGACGCAUUCGAGGGGCACAAGAGGGCUGAGAAGGGCCAUCAUAAGCUGGAGAUUAAGCCUGCUGAUGUGAAGUCAUUACAUGAUAUGCAGGAAGCUCAGCCAGGAUCUGCUAAUGAGUGCCGCCAACAAGAGUUGUACGAGCUGAAGACGCGACUGGUGGGCUGGUUCGUCCUGCAACAUACAGACUCGCGUCAGCUGCACCACAAACGAGACAAGAAAUACCACCAAAUGGAACACCACAAGAAAACCAGCAGGACUGAGCAUGGCAACAAACACCAUGUGGUUGAGCAUAUUGACCUGCAUGGAGACGUGUUCAGCACCAUCGACAAGGAGCGGGCGCAGGGAAAGCUUGGCAAGGAUGUCCAGAAACAUUUCUACGAGGUGAAGAGAACUGACAAAGUUAAAAGGUCAGCUGAUGACAAGCCUACAAUAGAAACUGAAUCGCACCACAACUGCAAGUGCUCCAAGUCUGUGAUGUGGGAGUUCCGUAAACAGGAUGAUGACCUUGACGGCAAGCUGAGCCACGAGGAGCUCUCCUCCUUAGAGGCUGCAAAGAGAGAGCCGUGCAUGAAGCCCCUCCUCAAGUCAUGUGACUCUGACAGCAACGGGGCUAUCACUCAGGGCGAGUGGUGCUGCUGCUUUGCAAACACUAUCCCUCCGUGUGCAGAGAAGAAGCGUGUGACUGACCCUGAGGUGUGGGUGCCGACGUGUGACAGUGAGGGUUUCUAUAAGAGGGAGCAGUGCCAUGACAAGACGGGCUAUUGCUGGUGUGUCGACCUUAAUGGCAAUGAGAUCAUGCACACCAAACAGCUCGGUCCAGCCCACUGUGGAAAAUACAAUGCAGAGGGGCACGUGGUGAAAAUCUAGAAGAAAGAUGGCCAAGCUUCGCAGGAUAAAUUGAGCCUAAUUCUGAGGAAACUAGGCUAAAGGCAUGUGUGCAAAUUGUCAUCCCAGUUUAGCCCUUGCAUUCCCCACAUGCUAAUCAGGGACAACACUUUCCAUACUAAAUGGAAAUUUGGCUAAAAAGCGACUAAAAUAAGACGCUGAAAGUAUCAUCCCUAAUUGGCUUGUGGGGAAUUCACAGGCUAAUCUGGAAGACACUUUAUGCACAUGUAUUAAGCCCUGUUUUCUCAAAAGGCUUGAAUGAAUGGUGACCAUGACUAUGAACAAGCAUACUAUAAAUCAAACUCUUUAACAUAAUUUUGAUACAAAUAUACAAUUCAUGUCAACAUUCCUUUUUGAAUAAUAUUUACAUAGAUGUAAUUUCUUAAUAUGUACCAAAUACUGUUAAGUAGAAGCGUGAAUCUCUGUUAGCUGGAUUAAUAAUCAAACCAUGUUUUUACGGACUGCUUAGUGAUUUUGUUGUUGAUGUUGCUUGAUUUUAAUGAAUAAGCACAUACUUUUUUAUAUUGGUGCCUUAAUUAUUCGUUUCAGAUAUAUCUUGUAUUAUUAAUACAGCUAAUUGUAUUUGUAUGUACAUUUGUUACUAUUAAACAUUUGUUUUAAUGAAAGAACAGAAGUUAUGUGCAUACACAUUUUUUUUCAACAAGAUGCAUGCUUAGUAUUAUUGAUCAGGACUAGUCGUAUGUGUCAUGAGCACACUAUAUUACCUGGAAAGUAUACUAGCAGAUAGAUUUAGUUUUUUACAAAUAUUUUGCACACAUUUGAAAUUAAUAUAACAAAUUUUGAAUGACAUUAAUUACAUCUUGUACAUGCUUUGUUAAUGACGUAUUUUACAUGGACUUUUAGCUAAGUUACAUUGAUAGGUGUUUCAAUAUGCAGUGCAAUUUAACAUUCCAGUCUUUGGUAGGGAAUAGUAUCUUUAAAUAUGUGUGAUAGAGAUUUAGUUUUAGAAACUCCAUUUAACAGCUAAAUAAUUUUGUAAUCGAGAAACCUUUUUUCAUUUUUUGAUUAAGUGAAAGACAUUAUUUUAGCUACAACAGCAACAAUUGCUUUUAAUUAUUUUUUAUUGAACAGAUUUUAAAUAUUGUUAUUUUUUUUUAAAUUGAAUAUUGGUUUAAUCUUUCUAAAUAAAAUAAAAGUAAUGGAAAA